UCAGCCCCAGACUUCCUUCUCGGGGCACCUCGCAAUUGGGCAUUCCGUUAUGGGCAGAACAGGCAACUUCUCACAACUCGAGGGAUUUUGACAGGUGACAUCAAGCGCACGAAUGCCCGAAUAGCUCGUCGAAUACCGCCAAGCACGGAGAGCGUUGCCGGUGGAGGGACACACGCGAUUGACUUCCCUGGAUCCAAAGACAGAGAGAUGCAGCUUGUAUGCGGUGUUGUGCUGCUCACUCACUGGCUUACCCCGAAUCUGUCGCGUCAACCAAUCGAGGAGACGCAAUACUCACUAGAUACUUGCCGCCCGCCAGUCUCUGGCAGGAUGAGACGAAAUCCGCCCGUGUGAGGUCAAACUGGAAGACCUGCUCCGUAUCAGCCACCCAACGACUCGGAUCUCCAUAUGGUCUCCCGUACUUUCGAAUCUCCGGCGUCCGAAACUCCUGCCAUAGCAAAGCAGGCAAAAGGGAGAAAUUCACUCGAUAUUCAAGACCCUUGCAUGCCCAUGUCAGCACCUGACAACAGCUUCCCUCUGCCAAACACCCAUUGUUCAGCAGGACGAAGUUGCGCGUCGGCGACACGUCACAUCUCGCCUCCUUGAUGGCACCGAGCAAAGUUGUACUGAAGCGAAUGUCAUUGAAGCUCCACUUGGCACUGUGGCUGGUGUAGAGGACGCGAUUAGCGUCAAACGGGUCCGCGCGAUAGUUGAAGGGACGGCCAUAACGGAACAGAAAAUCGCCUUUGGAUGUGGCUGCCUCGGCGGUGGUGAUGGAGCGGUCGAUUACGUAGAUUUCGCUUGUGUGACUGAUGAGACAGCGCAUAAGAGCAGCAAAAGGACAGCAUAGAAGAGACAAAGCGUGACGCUCUCACCGGGACGAUAUCAUGAUCUGGUCCAGCUGCUCGUUGUAGUCGAGUGAGUUCCAGUGAAGCCAGUCCACUGAAAUUGAAAAGCUUAUGUCCCUCGCUGUCACGGGCGGGAUAUUGAUAUCCAGUCUGUAGUAGUAGUCGUCUGGAUGGUCGCAGUAAGGGACGUAAUUGUCCUUGCUCCGGUCAAAAUCCUGGACCACAAGAGCGAUACAGAGACAAAGGGGGAAGCCACACACUUACCUGGAUCAGGUGGUCCCACAUUCUCCAACCUGCCAGUGCACGACAGAAUUUAAUGGCAGACAGCGUGAUUUACACAAACAUAAUUCUGCUGUGGUGCCUCUCAUCCUAUACUUACGCCACACUUCUUCUGCUGAUUUCUUGCCGACCGGCGUGACCUCGACGAUCUCCUCUGUCAGAAGAUAGCCCGACUUGUUUUGGUUGUCUGGUACGUCUCGUGCAGGGUCGCGGCCGGCCUGAAUGGCCUCAGCGUAGUCCUUGACGACCCACAGGAGGUACAAGAUGUUGCCGUUCGGCAGCUCAAUUGCCUCGUGGUGCUGAAUGGCGACGCGCCCCCUCUCGAAUUUUGUGGUGUUGAACUCCCACUCAAUCUGUAUAUAUAAAGGUGUAUGUGUGCAUCUCUUUCGUCAGUGCAGUUUCCGUACCUCAUCGUUGUGAUUGACCAUUUGCAGGAUGCCAGCGCGCCCACCGUACGGGAAAACCGGAUCCUGACGCAGAGGGGGCCGAGUGAUGUCAGUGGCAGCCCGAAGGAGCCAGCCAUUCCUCAUGAUGGAGGCUGAACCAGACGCCGGCGGACCAGCCGCUAUGUUGAAGGUCUUGGCGACGCACAAGUUCGAAUCAUAGAGAUACGCCACGUUGGUCCCGAGGGGCGCCCACAAAGUCAGCUGGUCCAU